UGCCAUCUGAAUUCAUCCCGGCCCAGAGAUACUAAUCAGCCCAGUUUUAUUGCCUGCUCCUUCCUGGCUAAACGUUCAGUGCUGCCUUUUUUUACGAGAGUAUACGUAUUAUGAACCCGGAUUCAGCAAUGGCAUCCCACCCAGCCAUGGCGCUUAACGGGGCCUCGGGGAUCCUACCACCAGGCUUAGCGGCCUCUACUUCGCAUACAACAAACCACUCGCUCACAGGAAGCGAAAAUUCUGACGAGGAAGCUGAUGACGACGAUGACGACGAAGACGAGUCACAAUUCACUGAUAUCGACAGAUACGGCCUCAGGGCCUUGUCCAGCGUCAUUAAGAUGCGGCAGACCGACCAGACACAGGUGGUCAUCGGGUCCGACCUAGCUCUCUUGGGCUUGGACUUGACCCAGCCUAACCAGAAGUUGUCCAAGACCUUUGCCUCGCCGUGGGUGGAGACGUCGCGUGCAGAAGUGGAGCCUCCGUUCAAGGUCCCGGCCUCGUUUGGAAUCAGUUCCUUGAAUUUACCAGCGCCAGACCAAACAAUUAGCACAUACACCGACGAGACGUUGUUCUUCAUCUUCUACACGAAGCCUAAGGACUUGUUGCAGGAGAUGGCGGCGCGAGAGUUGAUUGCACGCAACUGGAGAUACCACAAGGACCUCCAGGUGUGGUUGACCAAGUCCAGCGACUCGGAGCCGGUGCCGAUCAAUGGCGGGUGCGAGCGGGGUGUGUAUAUUUUCUUUGAUCCGCACAACUGGAUGAAGAUCAAAAAGGAGUUCAUGUUGUUCUACCACGCGAUUAUGUGAGGUCUAUGGGUGUUCAUAGAGUGUAUAUUAAGAAAUUUCCGCAAACGCAGUUGUAAGAAUCCGACCUACCAUGGGAGACGAGCCAGGCUGGUGGCGACCAAAAUAACAUCAGAUAUAGCACAUAAACAAUCACACUUAAUAAUGGCUGAAUCACUCAUCAUCUAGCAGGAUUCUUCUUGCGUAGGAAUCACGAGACUUAUGAUUUCCAGAAACUUUCUUUAGCCUUUAAACAUGAUUUAGGGGAAAGUUAUUGAUAUUACCUCCUGCAUAUUUGCGAUGACAUGAAAAAAAUAUCUUCACUUAUCACUACAAAUUUUGGCUCCAAUAUAUUAGCUCCUCCAAUAUUA